ACCGCUGCGCCUUGAUGAUGCUAAGGGCGAUUAAUAACGCGACAGAUGUGACUGAGUUCGAGACUUAGAAUUCGUAGAAUCUUCCGGAAGCGUGUGGAACGCACUGAGACCAUGUGAGAACACCAAUGGAACGCAUGGAUGAUUGAGACUCCCUGAGUAAUCCAGGCUAGCUCCAUUAACGGGAUAACAGCUUUGUAGAGGGAGGUCAGUGAUGGCAUUGAUGGACUUGGAUGAUUGGCAGGUGGUCAAAAAGAAAAAGGCAGCCAGGAAAAUGGUUAGAAGAAAAGAUCAGCCUAUGUUUAAAGCAGAAACCUGCUCCGAGGUCCAUGUUCCUGAAUCCGUCGAAGAACAAAACAACGUGGUCCAGAGAAUUUAUUACACUGUGGAGGACCUGAAACAGUCUGAAUUUUGGGGUACUUGCCAAGAAUGUUUUCAUGUGGCUUUAGAAGAAAGUGAUUCAGGCAAACAUCAAGUGGGAAGUCAACAUACACUCCACAACGCGGACUGUGUGUGCUAUGGACUUGGGAAUUUUUCUUCCUGUGUAAUUGCUCGACACCAACUAGCUUUCCUGCUUUUGUUCCUAGAACAAUUUAAGAUCCCAAGAAACCAAACCUAUGUAUUUGACCCAGUUUUUUCUAUGCUGGAGAUUUCUGUUCUUCAGGAGCUUGGACUCAGUGUUAUUUCUGAAAAUGAGGAGGGGAAGCGUACAAUUUGUAGACACACUGUGUUCUAUAUGCCACACUGCGGGAAGGCCCUCUACAAUAAUCUGUUGUGGAGUAACUGGUCGCAGGAUGCUUUAUCCAAAUUGAUUGUAAUUGGCAACAGUUUUAAAGGCAUUGAAGAAAGAAUGUUGUCCAGAAUACUGCAGAAAGACUAUGUAUAUAUUCAAAAGAGUUUGAAAGCUGUUGAAGAAGCAGCAUUACCAGAAAACCACCAGUUCAACGAUGUUUUCAAUGACAUUUCCAUCCAUUACUUUCCUAUUCAAAAACUCAGGACUUUGCCCAAUGAAAUAUGGAAGCUGCGAGAGCUGCCUAAAUACUAUGAUUGUGAUGAUCUAGAGAUCAUAAGAAAAUAGAAAUGGCAACCGUUCUGUUCUUCUGCAUACAUCCUACCAUAACAUGUAUGGAACACAUCUUACAUUGGAAGAUGAAAUACUGAAUGCUGAAGAGAUUCUCAUAGUCACAAGCUGAGAGUAUUUCAGCCAUAUGGAACCUCUAAGUUCAUCAUUUCAAAGACUGCACACAGAAAUCCAAAGUCACUAUAGGGACACUAUAGUCACCUGAACAACUUUAGCUUAAUGAAGCAGUUUUGGUGUAUAGAACAUGCCCCUGCAGCCUCACUGCUCAAUCCUCUGCCGUUUAGGAGUUAAAUCCCUUUGUUUAUGAACCCUAGGUACACCUCCCUGCA